GGUCAGGCUACAAAAAUAUCAGUUUAGAAGAAUUCCAAAAAAAAAUUUUUUUAAUUUCCAGACUAGCCACCUUGACAUUCCCUCACUUCGUUCAUUUUGUUCAAGUCAGGAUGUAUCCGAUUUUGCAAAAUCCUUGGGGGAAUAUAUUGCAGAAAUGGAUUAUGCCCCUAUACCAAUCAGCAGCAAUAUUACAACUUGGUUUUUACUUGCAGUUUUUAUUUUUGUAGGGCUUUCUGGAUUUGUUGGAAAUCUGUUAACUGUUAUGGUAAUCCAUCGAAACCCUUCAUUUCAUUCCCAAACCAACUACUUUCUAGCUAGUUUAGCUAUAUCAGAUCUUCUUUUGAUACUCGUUGGUGUCCCUUUUGAUGUUUUCUUUUUAUGGAAGUCCAGAUUUAUUACUUCACCUUUUAAUGGAUUUUGUGAAAUAACAAGUACAUUCAUUAGCUGGUUUACCUUCAAUUCCAUUCUCACUAUUGUCAGUCUCACCUGGGAAAGAUUGGUGGCUAUUUGCUACCCUUUCAGUCUAAAACCUUUUUUCCAUCGAGAUGCCGUGAUUUGGUUAAUUAUCAUUAUUUGGUUCAUUUCAUUUUUUCCAUCAUUAUUUAUUGGUCUGCAGGUACGAUUAAAAAUAAUUGGAUAUGUCACACAUUCACAUCUGAUACACUAA